AUGAUUGAAAUUCAGGACGAGCGCAAGGUCCGUCACUUUUAUGACAAGCGCAUCUCACAAGAGGUCGAGGGUGACGCACUCGGUGACGAGUUCAAGGGAUACAUCUUCAAAAUCACAGGAGGAAACGACCGCGAUGGCUUCCCCAUGAAACAAGGAGUGCUUGUAAACCACCGUGUCCGUCUACUCCUCUCUGCAGGCCAUUCAUGCUACCGUGCUCGCCGCGCCGGUGAGCGUAAGCGAAAAUCUGUUCGCGGAUGCAUCGUUGGAUCCGACCUUUCCGUCAUCUCUGUUGUUGUCGUAAAGAAAGGUGAGGGUGAAAUUCCCGGCCUGACCGACUCCACAGUGCCUCGUCGCCUUGGUCCAAAGCGUGCCUCCAAAAUCAGGAAGCUCUUCAACCUCUCAAAGGAAGAUGAUGUGCGCAAGUAUGUCAUUCGCCGCGAGAUCGCGCCAAAGAAAGAGGGCCAAAAGGUGCGUUCCAAGGCACCAAAAAUCCAGCGCCUCGUUACGCCAGUGACACUGCAACGCAAGCGCUCUCGUCUUGCACAGAAGCAACGAAAGCUUGUGGCCUCCAGAGAAGCUGCUCAAGAAUACUCUCAACUCUUAGCUCAGCGUCAAAAGACUGCCCCCAAGCGCCAGCACUAA